AGAUAUUUGAUUUAAUUCGUGACAACAGUUAAAAAUGUCUAACGUGGGCUAUGAUCUCGAUACUUCAGGCGGACUUAUGCCGCUUAUACGCGCUCUUAUCAAACCGCCAGACGAAGACUUGAAUGUUCCUAAACCCAAAAAGCCUCAACACCCUUACUACAAACGUCCUGGUAAAGGACACAAUCAUGAUUCGUGUGAUGCGUGCGGUGAAGGAGGCGAUUUGAUCUGCUGCGACCGAUGCCCUGCCAGCUUUCAUCUUGGAUGCUAUGAUCCACCUCUUGACGAGAAUGACAUCCCAGCGGGCCUGUGGCUGUGCCGCGAAUGUCGCGCGAGUGACGACAAACCAGCCAGUACACGUUCUAGUCGAGCACAAUCACCCAUUGACAAUAAAUCUGACACUGAUAAAAAGUCAAGAUCUCUUCGAAACAGUAGAGCCAACUCUCUUGUUAAGAAGAAGGGUAAAGAUAAUGACAAGGAAAAAGACGAAGAAGAUGCUAAGGAAACUGAGCCAGAAAAGGAGUUAUCUCCAAUGGAAAUACUGGUGAAAGCAGCCAAGGUCAUGAACCCCAAACAGUUUGAGUUGCCUCGGGAAAUGAGGAUCCCAUGCGUGUUUCCUGGAACUGAAAAAGAAGGCAAAGCUGGUAGUGGUCUGGUAACAGUGGAUGCUUGGGGCUGUGUGCCUCUCCCGGCAAAGUCAUGCUUCGUGUGUCGCGCCACGUGCAAGGUGGCGCCUCUACUACAGUGCGACUACUGCCCAUUAUUAUUUCACCAGGAUUGCUUGGAUCCACCGCUGACUGCUCUGCCCACUGGGCGCUGGAUGUGCCCCAAUCAUGUCGAGCAGUAUAUUGACUGGAAGAUGGUUCGCUCGGUUAGCGCGACGGAGCGCGUGGCGCUGUGGGAGCGCUUCAGCGGACCCAUCGACCAGCACGCGGUCAAAGUGGACUUCAUACGACGCGCGCGCAAUCCUCGACCCUCCUUCCGCGUGAAGGUGCCGGUGGGGCUGCGCGGGCGCGUGCACGUGCCGCGCAUGGUGCGCCAGCACUACCGCCGCCCGCCGCCGCUGCUGCCCUCGCGCCGCGACUACGUGCGCUGCCGGGACGUCCUGAGGAACCUCAAGGUCGGCGGAGCGCUUAGUGACGAUGAUGACGAGGAAGCAGACGGUGGUAAACAUCAGAUCUGCAUGAACCUAUCGUGCCCACAGUACUCCGGUGAAGGCGAUUGUCCGCUGAGGGAAGCGCGCCGACCGCCAAUAAAGGAGGAAGCCGAUACGGAGACCGAGCCCGAGGCUGAAAAAAAUAGCGAGUCCAGUGAUUUUUCGGACUCUGAUUUCGAACGUCUUACGACUACAGUCAAGAAAAGGAAAGUGUCUCAGAGCGAUACUAAAAGUCCAGGCAAAAGGACGUCCAAAACUGAGCGGCUCGAACUCUGUGCAGAGGAGGGUGUCGAGGAGUUGCUGGCAACGGUGGAAGAGCAGCUAAAGAAACUCGAUGAGAGGCUGGUCAAGCUUCUUGCCUGGCAACGCUUGCAACAGGUGGCGGCGGGCGAGGCACAGGCGGGGCGCUGGCGGCGCGGCGCCCCGGGCGCGUGGGGCGCUCGCGCGGCCGCGGCGCUGCGGGGCGCCUCGCGCGCGCGCCUGGCGCGGCUGGGCGUGCGGCGCGGCGCGCUGCCGUCCGAGCUGCUGGCGCGCGCCGACCGCGAGCGCAUCGCGGCGCUGGUGUGGGGGCCCGCGCCGCCGCCGCCGCCGAACAGAAGUUUGGGUUACAUCGGCGAGGCGGCGCUGGGCGCGGCGGUGGCGAUGCGCCUGUCCGCGCUCACCGUGGGCAGCGACAGCGCCUGCGACGUGGUGCUGGACGCGCGCUGCCGGCACGUGUCGCCGCGACACGCCGUCAUCUUCUGCGACGAGGUGACACGGCACUUUGAACUGAUCAACUACUCGGAGUGGGGCUCGCUCGUCAACGGAGUACUAUUUGCUUGUGACGUAACGCGAGCUGUCGAGCCCGAGCAAGAGACGGAACCCAACCCAGACCGCGAACGAGAACCCGAACGCGACACACCCGACGCUGCACUGCGCCGAGUUGUACGCCGACGACAGCGGCGUCCACCACGUCUGAACGGGUCUCUGACGGUGGGCGGGGAGCGCGAGGCGGGCUGCGCCUGCCCGGACGCGGCGCCGCCCACGCGCGGCGCGUGGGAGGGCUCGGCGCUGCUGGCUCACGGCGCGCUGCUGCAGUUCGGGUGCCGCCUCUACGUGUUCAGCAUCACCGACCACGAGACCUUUCCUCACCUGCCGGCCUUGGACGAGCCCGCGCUUUAAAUAAAUGUGUAAUGAGUGAAUAUAUGUGAACAUUGUGAAGUGUAAAUUUGUGGAUUCAACUAAGUGAUACUAAAGUGUAGAUACUUUGUGGUAUUUUGCACUUAAUAGUUCUUAGUGAGCUUGGUCUCUGACUGCCGAUUCAGGAGUGAAAAUAGUGUGACUGAAAACUUUUACAAUGUGACACAUCUGAUGUAAAAUUUUACUCACACCUAGCUGUUUUAUUAAUGUGAUUGUUAACUUUUUAUAUGGGAAGUAAUACUGCUGAUGGAGAUAUCUCGCACACGUUAUCUAUCACUACCACAACCUCUCUGUCUUGAGUGCCUCACUUAAGAAGAACUUUUUAUUAAGUUAUUGUUAGAAAAUGUCAUAAAAAGGCUGUUGUUUUUGGUUUAACUACAAAACCUGCUUGGCACUCAUCUACUGAUAAGAAAGUGAAGAUAAAAUAUAACAAAAUGUUGAAU